UCAACUCAUAAGAUUAUUCCAAGAUUAUUUUUUGGUUUCCCAUUCAGCCUGAAAGUCAUAUUGGGCCUUUGAUUAGGGAUCCUAUCCAUGUCACAACAAACCUUGUUGGUAAUAUUUCUUAUAUCAACAGUGCAUAAACUCAAACUCAUAAGAUAAUUCCAAGAUUAUUUUGAACCAUCUAAUUUUCCAUUUUCACGAUCGCCAAAAAAUAAGUUCUCACCAGUAGGAGAGAGAGAAAUAAGGAGAAAAAAAAGAAGUUGUUGGGAGUGCGAGUGUGUUUAUGGAAUAGAGUGGAAAGAGGUGAAAAAGAAGUGGCAAAUAUCAGAUGAUGUUAAACUUGAAAGAUGAGAAAAGGCUGGAAAUUGUUGGAAUCUUUUUAGUUGAUAAUGAACAAGGCAUGCAUGGAUGGUGCCAGAUUUUGUAACGUUUGCCACUUCCCCUCUUUAUUAUCCCUUUUCUUCUUCACUCUUCAUAAAAUCUCCCUUGUUUUUGUCUAUCAUAUUCAUUCUUUCUCUGUUCUCCAAUCCUUAUUUCUAAUAUAUCUUCUUCAAUUCAUAAAACUAAUACUCUUCUGGCUCUUUAAUUUAUCUCUUCUCCUAUUUUUAGUUCUAUUAUUUUUUGAGCACUUUAUGGAGUCUCCACCACCAUCACCGCUAUCAUCACCACCAUUUUCACCGCUAACACCGCCAAACUCACCGCUAUCAUGACCACCACUAUCACCGCUAUCAUCACCAGUAUCACCGCUAUCAUCACUACCAUUAUCACCGCUAUCAUCAUCACCACCACUAUCGCCGCUAUCAUCAUCACCACCACUAUCACCACCGCUAUCAACACCAUCACCACGACUUUAACUCAAGAAGAAUUCAAUGCCCUUAAGAAGAGGGUUCUUCACAUAAUCAACACUCAUACCCUUGAAGAAGCUGCAAGAAUUUUUAUGGAGGAGGGGGUUCUAGAUAACAUAAUCAACACUCAUACACCUGAAGAGGCUACACGAAUUUUUAUGGAGAAGAGGGUUCUUCACAUAAUCAACACUCAUACCCUUGAAGAAGCUGCAAGAAUUUUUAUGGAGGAGGGGGUUCUAGAUAACAUAAUCAACACUCAUACACCUGAAGAGGCUACACGAAUUUUUAUGGAGAAGAGGGUUCUUCACAUAAUCAACACUCAUACCCUUGAAGAAGCUGCAAGAAUUUUUAUGGAGGAGGGGGUUCUAGAUAACAUAAUCAACACUCAUACACCUGAAGAUGCUACACGAAUUUUUAUGGAGGUAUGUAUACCGGUAAAAACCGAGGAUACAGACAUACUCGAUUUCCCGUUGUCAUGGUUAUGCUCGGGCACGACACGACCGACUCAUCGAGAAUGAGGUUUCGAGCUCGAUUUGGGACGAGGCGUUAAAGGAGAGGCGGUUAACUACCAUAAGGAGAAGACUAAAAUAUCCGCCCUCAACCGGAUAUUUCGGCGUCGAUCUCGGCAGCAGCUGUCACCAGAUUUCUUUUCCUUACUUAGGAUUGUACUAGGGUUAGGACUCCUCUAUUAUAUAAAGAGGAGGUUCCCAUCCAUUGUAGGUGGUGGGGCAACAAAAAGAGAAAAGGAGUUCAUACAAAAAAGCAAUAGGAUCAUCUGAGUUCAUUGACAUUGUUUCUAAGUUUAUUUUCAUUGUUCAUCGUAUAAGCACCCGGCCGUAAGGGGUUCGACCUCGGUUCCGAUACCUGAGGCCAGUCAUAAUUAACAUUUGGUCAGAUCCGCUUCUUUAUUUAUUUAUUUGUUUAUCUCGUAAUCUA